AUGGCGCUCAGCUGCGAAGCCGAGUGCUCCAAGACGGCACAGAGGCGAUCGCAUAGACCUCGAUCCUCCAAAGCUCGCAAGCUGAGAGCCACCUGGGCAUCCGCGUUGCUGCUAGUUACGGCCACUACCGGAGUCGAUGCCCUCUUCGGUAUCGGGGAGAAGCGCUUCAAGUACGAAGGGCUCAUCAAUGCGGGCAGUCUAGGCCUCGACAGCAUCGACGGCCAAAUAGCAGCCUGGGGCGAUUGGAAUGGGGAUCAAUUCGUAGACGCCAUCGUUGUCGACUCCGCCCGGCAGACCGCCAACAUACACACGUGGGACCGCACCAGCUUCUCUUUCAGUAGCAGCCCAGCGGCAUCCGUUCAGCUCGCAUCAGGCAACAAGAUCAGCAAUGUUGUUGCAGCUGAUGUCAAUUACGAUGGCAGGCUCGAUCUGCUCAUCAUGUCGCAGAGCACUUCUUCUUCCUCGAAGCAGCUCUCCAUGGACGUCUUUCUCGGCAAAGUAGACCUAAGCGGCUUCGAAUCAAUACCUCUCACUGCACCGUCAUCGACGUUAGCGCAACCCAUCACGUUUGAUGCUUCAGGCGAUAUGCAGAUGGACCUGCUCGGCAUCCCCUAUUCCGACACCGAUGCAACCGAGCUCAAGAUCUGGCGCAACCUUCUGGCCAACUCGUCCAACACGACAGCCGCCUUUGACAUCACAGUUGCUCCCCUCCUCGAUGCCACCAAAGCACCCGCAUGCAAGCUCGCCAACCCGCACAGCUCCGCCUUUGUCGAUCUCAACGGCGACUGCCUCGCCGACCUCUUCCUCGUCUGUUCCGAAGAGUCCCUCUUCAGCUCCAAACUCACCUACCAGAUCUGGACGGCUGUCAAGCCGGACGCGAAGGGCAACGGAUCGGGCUUCCAGCUGGCUUCCACCGGCGAGCUUCCACCCGGCACAGGAGCGCUCAGCUUCGGCGAUGUUGAUCGCGAUGGCACCAUCGACGUCAUCUUUCCGACGUGCGAUCGAGGUGGUGGGAACUGCUACAUCAAUGUUGCGUUCAACCAUCAGAUUCCACUCUGUUCGCCACGCAUCGAUGGUUUCUUUGGUGGUGGACCCGGCUAUGGGCCUCUGUCGUUGAACAAGAAAAGAGCGAAUACGACCCCUCGCCAAGCCAGUGCUUCUCCCGGCCUGCAGUGCAGAGAAGCAGAAGAUCUCUGCGUAGCCGACGACCACUUCCACCUCGACUUUAGCAUCAACAAAGACAAUGCCAAUCUGCUGCGCGUGCCUAUCGACAAACUGACGGGCGACAGCCGCAUCCUGCUCACCGACCCGCUCGCGCCCUCGUACCUCGCCCUGCCCAACGCGCUUCACCUCGGCGACUACAACAAGGACGGCUAUCCGGAUCUGCUCGUCGUCACCGUGCCCGACAAGCUCGCCUCGGGUGGCCGCAACAACGCGCAGGGGUCGGGCGAGACGCGCGUGCACAUCCUGCGCAACCUCGAGUGCCGUCGCGUGCCCAACAGCGAGAAGGCCGGUCUGGGUUGCUCGCCGGACCGACCCGAGGGGCGGACGUUCAUCAAGGUCACUGCCGGCGCCAACGCCCUCGAGACGCUGCGCGACGUGCGUAGUGCGAGCUGGCUCGACAUUGAUGAGGAUGGCACGCUGGACAUUCUGCUGCAGCGCACGCCCACUUCUUCGGAAGGCACCAAUUCCGCCCGACGCAUCACGUUCGUCCAGAACAACUACUUUCACGAUUCGUUCUUCCUCAAGGCCCUGACGCUCAACGGGGCCUGUCCGGGGAUGUGUGAGCCAGAUAAUGCACCGCGCUUCCAACCGUGGGGGACGAACUACGGUGGGGCGUCGUACAAGUUCACCGUUCUGGACCCGAACGGUGUUCGACGCGCCCAACAGGUUGGGCAGCUCCCGCAAACCGCCUAUCGCAGCCUCCUCACUCCGUACAGCUACUUUGGCUUGGGUAGGACGAACAACUACGUCGAGAGUCUGUUUGUCGGCUCGACGCGCCGGCAGGAGGAACAUUACCUGGCGCUCGAAGGCGUCAUUCCGAACAGUCAGGUGGUGAUCAACCCAUGGCAAGGCGGGAAGGGGAGUGAGAAGGAAGGCGGUGGACCGGGAACCUGGACCAAGCAGCUGUAUUUGCAUCCGGGAGACUGGAUCCCGUGGGUGACGGUGGUGCUCAUCACCACGAUCGUCGGGUUGGCCGUGGUGGUGAUUGUCCUGCAUGUCAAUGAGAGGAGGGAGGACGAGCGGGAGAGGAAACGCGCCGUUCACGCUAUCAACUUUGAUGCGUUGUAG